AAGUUUUCUGGAAACCUUUUAUUUUUAAACAAUGUGUUAGUUGAAUUUCCACACAGUGAGUUCACGAUAUUUUUCUUCAACCUCUGGACACCUUUCCAGGUGAAACUUAACACCAUACAUUCAAUCAUUUGCCUGGAAAAAUGAAAACGAAAAAGUCUACAGAUAAGUUUCCUUAUAGAGAAAUAAAUUAUUUUUCCUAAGUUGUCAGGCUUUUUGGAAACUCUGUACAGAGUUGUUUUCAGACUGUACCUUUGCUGUUUUCACUCCAGAUUUUCGUUUUGACAUCCGUCCAUGUUGCUAUGUGGAGAUCUAAUUCAUUCUUUCGAUUUUUUGUGUAGUAUUCCAUAGUAUGAAUAGGUGCAGGUUUCUUUUUUCCCUUUUAUUCCUGUCCCUAUUGAGGGACUCAAGUUGUUUCCGGUGUUUUUGCUAUUUCAGGCAAUGUGCUGGGCUCAUCCUGUGGGGCCUCCUAGUCUGUGCUUUUCUCUGGGGCAGAUGAGGGCAGCCACAGAAUACAUGGAUUCUGGGAGGCUGGGUACCUGGGUGCUUAGCAUAUGGAAACUCCCAGCCUCCAGGAAUAAGAACAAGUUGAGUAACUGCUCUCUGCCUCAGUUUCCCAAUCUUUAUGCUGUUUUUCUUUUUGGCCACACCAUACGGCAUGCAGGAUCUUAGUUCCCCAACCAGGGAUCAAACCUGCGCCCCCUGCAGUGGAAGCACAGUCUUAACCACUGGACCGCCAGAGCAGUCCAGUUUCCCAGUCUUUAAAAUGGGAAUGAUGAUGGAAUUGCCUGGCAGUCUAGUGUUUAGGAUUCCGUGCUUCCACUGCAGGGGGCACAGGUUCGAUCCCUGGUCAGGGAACUAAGAUCCCACAGGCCGCACGGCACUGCCAAAAAAAACCGAACAAAACAAAACAAAACAAAACAGGGAAUGAUGACGAUAAUAGUAGGUGAGAGUGGAAUUGCUGGAUUAGAAGGAAUGCCAAACAUUAUUUUAGCUAAUUCUUGCUAUCAAUCCAGAGAGCUAAUUUGUCUUUGAGGGUGAGUUGUUGAUUUUUAUACCUGUGGACAGCUUAGCAGUUUCACCAGGUGGGGUACUGGGGAGAAGUGUGGGUAUGGGAGUCACUGACAGUUGUGCGGGUGGUAGUGUGGACCCUGGGGGGGCAGAGUUGCGUGGACCCUUGGGAGACCCCACAGGGGCCGGAAUUUUGUUCUCCAAUCUCAUUUUCUCCUAACUUGGAGAUGGGGGCACUCUUGUUACCCCCAUUUUACAGAGGAGGAAGGGAAGGCAGCGAUCAGCCAUGUGGACAGCAGCUGGAGAUGAGAGGGUCACGCCCUGCAUCCCUGCCUCAGAACAGUGAGAGUGUCCGUGAGGAAGGCUAGAGACCGCAGACCCCAAAAUAGAGCCUCCUUCGCCCCCGCUGGCCUCUGGCUGAGUCACCCUGGAACGUGACCUGGGCCUCGGUUGGAUUCAGGGCCCGGGGGCUGAAGGAGCCUCUGGCACAUCAGGAAUCCGACGCCUGGGCUCCCGGCUUCCUGCCUUUGUCCGCAGCUCCUUGGAACUUUUCAGGGGAAAGAUGAGUGCUGCCAGAAAUAACACCAGGCUCGCUGGGGAGCUCCGGUGGCAGGCAGAGUGAAAGGCAGGGGAAGGAAGCCCCACCCACACCCCAAAGAUGUCUUAGGGGAAGGUCUCAGGCCCUGCGCUUGGGAAGGUCGCUGGAACCUCUCUGUGUCUCAGUUUCCUCACCUGCAAAGUGGCUGUGCAGAUGUCCACUUGGGGUGACUUGGGGCCAGGGUAGCAUCAAGAGUGUGGGCUCUGCAGCCAGGCCUGCCUGGGUUAGAAACCCAGACCCUCCACGGUGGGCCCUCGGGCAAGUGGCUCAGCCCCUUCUGUGCCUCAGUUUCAUCUGCUGUAAAAUGGGCUUGAUAGAAAUACAAUGCUUCCUUCCUCAAAGGAUAACACAGUCAGGGCUCAUCAAGUAUCAGCCAUUAUUCCCAAGCAAGGAAACCUUUGCACCUGGCAUAUAGCCGUUGCUCAAGAAAUGGCACCCGGGAGUCAUAUUGGUCCUGCUUCUCAGACCCACCCCAGCUGCUCCCCGGUUGCCAGGUGCCAAGCACUGUUCUAUAGCCCCCUUCAUCUUCAUCACAGCCCAGUGUAGUCUGUAGUGUCGUCACUCCUCUUUUACAGGUGAGGAAACAGGCGUGGGGAAGCAAAGUCACACGGCCGGCAAGAAGCACGGCUGGGAUUUGAAGCCAGGAAGUGUGGUGCUAAGGUCAGGCUCAUAACAGCCAUCCUGCCCUCCUGCCUCUUGUGCAGAAAUCGCCGCUGCCAUGUCCUGUCUCUGGGCUCAGACGUGGACUGGAAGAGGGCAGGUGCACGCUGGGCUCCUCCAGCCCUGUGCUGUGCCAGCCUUUAAACGGAGCCUUCAGGAGAAGCUGGCUCACAGAGAGGCGAGGGGAAAGGAAGGGUCCUGGCACGUCCCCAGCACCCCCUUGGAAUCCCCGAGCUGCCCCUUUGCGAGUCUCCUCAAUGAUGGGCUCAGAGGCAGGGUGGGAGUGGGGCGAGAGGAGGAAGUGGGCGGGGGGAGGCAUUUCCUAAUGCCCUCAACCCUCACCUCUGGUUCUGCUUCCAUAUUUCCCAAACUCUGGCCCUCAAAUCUAGCCAGUCUCUCUGUCCACCACCUGUUCCCCGCUUUGGGUUAUGUUGGGGGACAGUCAGACUGAGGAGGCAGGAGGCCAUGGUGGAAGAACGUAGACAGGGAGGGGAAGAAGGAUGAAGGGAAGGUGGUCCCCCCUGGACUUCUGGGGAUGGCACAAAAACCCCCAACCUGGAAGUGGACGAGUCGGAUGCUAGGCCUGGCUCCUGGAGGAUCACAGCCUCCACUCCCACCGUAAUUGCUUUAGUCUCCUGACACAUCUCCCUCCCGCCUCUCGCUCUUGCAACCUUUAUUUAUUUUUUUGGCCACACUGCGCAGCCUGCGGCAUCUUAGUUCCCCGACCAAGGAUUGAACCUGUGCCUCCUGCAGUGGAAGCGUGGAGUCCUAACCACUGGACCGCCAAGGAAUUUCCUCUUGCAACCUUUUAAAAGCACAAUCACAUCACUUCCUAAAUCCUACUUCCUAAAUCACGUCACUUCCUAAAUCACAUCACUUCCUAAAUCCUACCCUCCAGAGGGUUCCCACCACACUUGUAAUAAAAGCCAGACUCUGUCCUCGGCCACUGGCCUUCUUGGUCCCCAGGUCAUUUCCAGUCUUUCACCCCCACAUCCUCCACUCCCGCCACAGCGGCUCCUGCUGUCUUGAGAACAUCACCAAGUGCACUCUUGCCCCAGGGCCUUUGCACUUGCUGUUCCCUCUGCCUGUAAGGUUCUUCUCCCUGCUCUUCCUUCCAGUCUCUGCUCACAUGGCACCUCCUUGGAAAGGCCCUCCCUGACCACCUUCUCUAAACUAGCACCUCCCCACUAUCUCGUAUCACCCUUCUUUCUUUUUUGUUUAAUGAGAUGUAUUUCCCAUACUAUAAAACUCACCCUUUUAAAAUAUACAAUUCAGUGGUUUUUAGUAUAGCCACAGGGCUGUGCACCCAUCACCACUGUCUAACUCUGGAAUAUGUUCAUCACUCCAAAAAGAAACCUGGUACCCGUGAGCGGUCACUCUCCAUUCCACCCUCCCCUCAGACUCUGGAAACCACGAAUCUACUUCCUGUCCCCAUUGAUUUGCCUUCUCUGGACAUUCAUAGAAAUAGAAUCAUACUCUAUAUGGCCUUUUGUGUCUGGCUUCUUUUACUCAGCAUGAUGGUCUUGAGGUGCUUCCAAUUUGUAGCGUGAAUCAGUACUUCACUCCUUUUCAUGACUGAAUAAUGUUCCACCAUAUGAAUACACCACAUUGUGUUUAUACAUUCAUCUGUCGGUGGACAUUUGGGUUGGUUCCACUUUGGGGCUAUUAUGAUUAAUGAUACCACGAACAAUAGUGUAUAAGUUUAUGUAUGAACUUAUGUUUUCAAUUCUUUGGGAUAUAUUGCUGGGUCAUAUAGUCACUCUUUUAAUCUUUCAAGAAACUGUGAGACUAGUUUCCAGAGCAGCUGCACCAUUAUACGUUCCCACCAGAAAUACAUGAGGAUUCCCAUUUCUCCACAGUCUUCCCAGCACUUAUUUCCUUUUUUUUUUUUUUUUAAACAUUAUGGCCAUCUUAGUGGAUUUGAAAUGGUACUGCUUGUCGUUUUGAUUUUCAUUUCCCCAAUGACUAAUGAUGUUGAGAAUCUUUUCAUGUGCUUACUGGCCAUUUGUAUAUCUUCCUUGGAGAGCUGUCCAUUCAGAUUCUUUUGUGCAUUGUUAAAUUGGGUUAUUUGUCUUUUCAUUGUCACGUUUUAUGUCCUUUAUUUUCUUCAUCACACUUCUCGCUCUCUGAAAUGAUAUUGCUUCUUUGUUUUCGUCUGUCUCCGCUUAUUAGUAUGUAAGCCCUGUGAGGUCAGGGCUCUCCACCUCAUCUUCCCUGUUCACUCCUGUAUCUCCAGCACCCAGGACGAUGCCUUCUUCAUAGUUAAUAUUUGGUGAAGGUGUGAAUGGAGCCCCUCCCUCAGAGGGUGGUUGGGGAGGAUGAGAUGAGACAUUCAUAUAUCGAAUGCUUGGCCAAGGGCAGGGCCCAGUGCAAGUGCAAUGUCAGUUUGAGUAUAUUAGUUAUCUCUUGCUGUGUAACAAAUUACCAUAUAGUUGGGAGCUUAAAACAACACCCAUUUAUUAGCUCACACUUCAGUAGAUCAGAAGUCCAGUACAGUGUGUCUGUGUUCUCUGUCCAGAGUCUUACAAGGCAGAAAUUAAGGUGUUGGCCAGGCUGCCUUCCUAUCAGGAACCUCCAGGGAAGAAUCUGGCUGAAUUCAGCUCCUUGCGGUUGUGGGACUGAGGUCCCCAUUUCCUUGCUUGCUGUCAGCCAAGGUCCACUCAUAGCCCCUAGAGGCCCCAUGCAUUCCUUGCCAUGUGGCCCCUUCCAUCUUCAAAGCCAGCAGCAAAGAAUCUCCCUUAUGCCAAAUCUCAGUCUCUUUUGCCAGGAAGAUCCCUGCCCCUUGUAAGCCCUGUCCUCCCCUGAUUAGGUCAGGUCCACUAAGAAGAAUCAUCCUUUCUCAAAGUCAACUGUACCAGCUCCCUCACUCAGUUGUAGGUCAUUGUAGUCAUAUUAGAAUUCCAUCCACCGUAGUGAGGUGUAGAUAUGUUAUUAUAUCCUCAGAGGAGUCCCUCUGCUCUCACAGAUGAGAUUUUGACCUUGAAUAUCACACACAACCUUCCUACCCCCUGGCUGAGCUACCUGUACCCCUGGGGCAUCCCCACAGGCCACGGGCAUGGCGUCUGGCCUCCUGAGAGACCUCAGAUUCUGAGCUGGAGAGGGGCAGUCAGGGGUCAGCGACAGGGCAGUUCUUCUACCACUUCCUGCUAUCCAGCCAUGCUCUCCAGCCUUACCCUUUCCCGGUGGGCAUGAGAGGAAGUGUGAGAUGACCAGGACCCUGGUCCAUGCUGGCUCAUACAGAGAACUCUGUAUCCUAAUACCACUGGGUUCUGGAAGGUUCUCCUACCUGCAGAGAGGUGACCACCUUAACUGGACCCCCCAGUAUGUACGAACAUCAACUGGUACCCCAGCUUCUGCUCUCAGCCCCCUGUGGUCUAUUCCCUACUCAGCAGCCAAAAGCCACUUGUAAAAACCAAAGCCAAAUCCUGUGCCUCCUCUGCUUCGAACUCCGAUGGCUCCCCCCUCACUCAGAGCAAAAGCUGAAGUCCUCAGAGCUGCCUGCAAGGCCCUGCAUGGUCUGGCCCUGUUACUGCUCCGGCCUCACCUUCUACUGUACGCGCCUUGUUCCCACAUCCAGCCACCCUGGCCUCCUCACUGUUCUUUGCACACACCAGGCAUGAUCCAGCUUAGGGGCCUCUGCACUUGUUCCCUCCGCUUGGAAGCUCUUCUUUUAGAUACCCAUGUGGCUCCCUCCCUCACGGCCUUCAGGUCUUUGGUCAAAUGUCUCCUCAGGGAAGCCUUCCUCUCCACUGAAAAUCUCACGCCACGCCCCACACUCUAUCCUCUUCCCUGCUUUAUCAAAUGGUGAUAAGUGCUGUGGCUUCUGCAGGCGACCUGGCGAGCCCCCACUGGACCUGGGCAGUAUCCCCUGGUUGGGCUAUGCUUUGGAGUUUGGAAAAGAUGCCGCCAGCUUCCUCACUAGGAUGAAGGAGAAGCAUGGUGAUAUCUUUACUGUGCUGGUGGGGGGCAGGUAUGUCACUGUCCUCCUGGACCCACACUCCUAUGACAUGGUGGUGUGGGAGCCUCGCACCAGGCUGGACUUCCACGCCUACGCCGUCUUCCUCAUGGAGAGGAUUUUCGACGUGCAGCUUCCGCAUUACAGCCCCAGUGAUGAAAAGUCCAAGAUGAAACCGACUCUCCUCCACAAAGAGCUCCAGGCGCUCACGGAAGCCAUGUAUACCAACCUCCACACUGUCCUGCUGGGUGACACCAUGGAAGCAGGCAGUGGCUGGCAUGAGAUGGGACUCCUCGAAUUCUCCUACAGCUUCCUGCUCAGAGCCGGCUACCUGACUCUGUACGGUGUCGAGGCACCGCCACACACCCAGGAGAGCCAGGCCCAGGACCGCGUCCACUCAGCCGACGUCUUCCACACCUUCCGCCAGCUUGACCUGCUGCUCCCCAAACUGGCACGUGGCUCCCUGUCAGUGGGGGAUAAGGACCAGGUGUGCAGGGUCAAAGGUCGCCUGUGGAAGCUGUUGUCCCCAGCCAGGCUGGCCACUCGGGCCCACCGGAGCAAAUGGCUGGAGAGUUACCUGCUGCACCUGGAGGAGAUGGGCGUGUCGGAGGAGAUGCAGGCGCGGGCUCUGGUGCUGCAGCUCUGGGCCACACAGGUAUUUAAAUACAACCGAUUCCUGAACCCUGAUGGAUCAGAGAAGAAAGACUUUUACAAGGAUGGGAAGCGACUGAAGAAUUACAGCAUGCCAUGGGGAGCAGGGCACAACCAGUGCCUGGGGAGGGGUUAUGCCAUCAGCAGCAUCAAACAAUUCGUGUUCCUCGUGCUGGCGCGCUUUGACCUGGAGCUGAUCAGCCCGGACGUGGAGAUGCCCUUGUUUGACCUCAGCAGGUAUGGCUUCGGGCUGAUGCAGCCAGAACACGACGUGCCUGUCCGUUACCGCAUCCGGCCUUGAGCUCCGGGGCAGAUGGGACUCCACGCACCCAGCCUGACCCUAGUCGCCCAACGUUCUGUGCCUGCGUUCGGCCUGGGUACAGAGCUUUGAACACCCAACGGUGCCAAGCGUUAUCCCUUCCCUACUGUUUUUCCUAGAAGGCUGUGUCUGGGGGAGGGGAAAGUAGGGGAGUGAAGAAAAGACACCAAAAGCUCUGUGGAUUAUCUGCUGCAAAGGUUAAGUUCCAAAAUGAGGCUCUUUCCGCUCCCAGCCCCUCUUGCCCCUCUCACCUUUAGGAUACCCACUAAAGCUCGGGCAGACGGGGCACAACUAGGAGACCCCACUGCUCUGGCCCCAGCCCCCACGGGCUGCCGUCCAAGGCCCUGACAGUGGUGCCGUCCAGACCCUAACCAGUCAGAGCAGAUGCUGGCCACUAAAAGGCCAUGUGGGCCUAGCAGUGCGUCUGUUGAAAUAAACUCUGUCCCCCAAUUUUUAUUAAACUACCCAAAGCCAAAGAGUCUCUUACACUAUCUGCUUUCCUAGGCGCCCCACUUGCUAGACACUUCCCGCAUCUCUCCGUUCACACCGAUCCUUGAGAAAAUGCUGGAGGGUUUCCCGAUGCUGGUGCAUCCCCAGUGUGGAGUGGGGGCAGCCUCCAGAUGAUGGGCUCUGAGGACCAGGCUUCUGUGCGUUACGGUUAUGGGCUCCAGACGGGGUGGGUGUUCCCAGCGCUGGGACUCAGGCAGGGAGUUAGCAAGACACAGCCCCGCCUGGAUGGCCCCAGUGAAAGGAAGCGGCCAGGGCUCCUGGGACUGGUCAAGCCAAAGAAGAGGAGGUGUUGGUUUCCUACAUUCUAGCUUAGAAGCUCCAGCUGUGGGCACCGUCCAGAUUGCAGGCCUGUUUUGUUUGUCCUACAUUUAAAAAAAAAUACAUUAGUGUUAUCUUGUCAUCUUUGGGAAAGUUGAUUCAAAAUGUCCAGCUUCUCUUGAAAACUUGAAAGAUCUGUCCACACUGGGCCCAUAUUCCCAAGGGCAACCACUGGCCAGAGCUCAGUAGCAGCUGUCUCCCUACCGGGGGCCUGUGGGCUCUGGUUCACCAGGAUUUCUACUUGGUCUGCUUUUCUAGUCACAGCACCUCCUGUCCCCCGAAGACACCCAAGUUUGAGAACCCUGUUCCUACUCUCAGAGGUGAUAUUGUAGGAGGUGGUGGGAACCCGCUGACUGGUUCUCAGACCAAUGGUCCAUCCUAUCCUGGGUGCACCACCCUUUGAUCAAACAGAUCAUUGAUGAAAACUUGCCUUUGCAUCAGCUUUAGGAAAAAAAAAAGAUCAAAAAGAAACAUUGCCUGGAAACUUUUAUUAUGAUGACAAGUAUUAAUAUUAGGUCCUGUUUAUUGAGGACCCUCUAAAUGCCUGUGACAGGAACAGUAGAUAUAGUAUUUCUACUUUUCACAGCAUCUCUGCAAAGAGAGGAUGGUUAUGCCCUCUUUAUAGUUGAGGAAAUGGGCUCAGAGAGGUGAAGUGACUUGCCCAGAGUCGCACAGCUUGUAAGCUGAUAGAAUUUUGCAAACAGACUUACUGUCCCAGUAGCAAAUGCUAGAUGGGUGGCUCUGUGCUCUUUGGGCUCAAUGGGGUGGUGGACCGGCAGUUCUGUUUGGCAUCAGAGAGCUGACAGAGCCAGAGACACCCAUGGGUGGAUGCAUCUCAUGAGAUGUGGACACGCAUACACACAUAUAGCUAGGUCCCUGUAGCUUUAGCUGGAGCGAGAAGAGAGGACCUGAGAUCUCUGAAUGUUCCAGGGGCUAGUCUCUUCUCAGGGUGGCACCGGGGCUUGGGGGCUUCCCUGGCCCUCAGCCUCCAGGCGGCCCUAGGAUUCCCAGACAGGCACUGUGAUUGGCAGGAGGCGGGAUAUCCCCAGGGAAACCCAUCUUCACGCCUGGGUGACCCCCACUGCCUCCUGCUUCUUAACUCUGCAGGAAAUCAGGGCUGGCAGCCUCCUGUGGGAGGACGGAGCCAGUUUCCAUGGCAACCCUCAGCUGCCUCUUCCUUCCUGGCUUGGAAGGGAAGGGAGGAGGCCGCAGAAAUAGCUCCAGGAAGAUCUCUUGUACGUGGCUGCUACCCUGGUGUGCUGGGGAAAAGCCCUUCUGAUUUCCCCCUUCCAAAUCAGGGCUGCUUUGUCACUGAGACUAGAUUUUCACCUGUGUUCAAAAAAGGGCCUUUUCCCUUUAAAGGUGACACCUUGGAGCCACAAUCAUUAGGAAGAGACGAUUCUCCCACCAGGCAGCUCCAGCUGGUAUCAGAGAUAUUGAAGUACAGCUUGGGAGACAAUGCUUUAAACCCACCUUUGUUUCAAUCUUUAUUAUUUUUUCUUUCUUCUUUUAAAAAAUAUAAGCGAUAGAGAAAAGAGGGAGAGAUGAGUGGGUUAGCUCCUUGCUACAGGUUAUUUAGGAAGGUACCCAGAUGUCGUUGUAUUUCUUCAACCUUGUUUUAGAAUCACAAAAUUGCAGGACCUAUGUCAGAAAUAUUCUUAGGUUGACCUAAUGGAGUGUUUCUUUACCAUCAUCGUGAUUAUUAUUUUUUGCUAUAUUUUGUAUUGUUAUUUACCAGGUAUUUUCCUUUAAACAGUCUCAUUUUUUAAACUUAAAUUUGUUUAAAAAGGGGACUUUUUUUCCUCUGCCGGUAACAACAUGUAUCGCUUGCUGCCAGAAAUAGAAAGUGACUGAAAAAGAAAUCUGCUGGGGAGGGGUCCUCUGAGCUGGUGUCACCAAGCCUUGGAGCCUGAGCUCUGUCUCUUCUCUGUUAGAAAAUGAAACAAACACAUGUUUGAGUGGCGUUAAGGCCACGCCAGCACCACCCUGAGACUCUGUCCAUGACAGUCACGGGGUGGGGGGAAGGGAGAGAAAGAGGAGUAGGCUGCCCACCACAUGGGCGUGCAUUACGCCUGGUGCGAGGGCUGCCCAGGGUCAUCUCCUGCCACCAGUGGGUCCCGCGCACGGUGAGCUGGGGACAUCCCACCUGCCCAUUCUCCAGAUGGAAAAACAAGCUUGGAGAGAUGAAUCGUCUGGCUCAGCGUCACUGAUUUGUAUGUUUGUUGUUUCUUAAAGACGGUAUUUCGUGAGUAGCAGUGAUUUUUCCACCUUGCUGUCUUAACAAAGAAUUCUAUUUUUAUAUAAUAUUGUCGAGUCGAAAUGUGCUGAAAUACAUUAAAUCACCCUUGUUUGUGGAA